AUGUCGUCAAGACUCUACUUGCGGCUGCCUAAUUUGCCGUCCUUCCACCAUGCCAUCACCUCCUUCCUCGGCUUCAUGGACCUCAAAGUAGGCGCAUCGAUCCUCACGCUUUUCGCCAUCUUCAACAAGACAGCAGGUGUCUACGGUAUCCUCGCCGUCUUCCAAGGCGGCACCUUCUCACAAGUGGCUCUGUAUCUCUACUCGAUAGCGACCAUCAUCGUGUUCCUCUGGGGACUUAAAGGCAUUUCAGAUGAAGACGCGCACCGCGUGCUCACCUAUGCGCACCUCUUCUCGCUCGAUCACAUGAUCUCGACCUUCUGGACGCUGCUGUUCACCUUCAACUGGUUCUACUUUACACCGCACGAUGGUCGUCCUACCACCAACCAGUCGUCGCAUCAGACCGGACUUAUGGAUCUCAUCGAAAGCAUCGAGUCGCAGUACAGGACACCGGAACAGAUGCUCAAGCUCCAUCACGAGAAGCUCACACCGGAACAGCGUGUAGCGAGUGCGGAACGAAUCUGGAAGGAGGAGAAGGGCUUUUCGGCGGUCGUGUUGGGUCUUGGCUGGCUUGUCAAGAUCUACUUUGCAUUGGUACUGUAUUCGUACGCGCUGCACCUUCGUCAUGGCUCGUAUCGCUCCUUGCCCCUGUCCAAGGCGUCAGCAAGCUCGGGUGCCGGACCGCGGACAGGAGGUGCUGGGCGAGGCGAGUACCGCUACCAUCCGGUGGUCAACGACGACGAGUUGGAGAACUGGAGCGACGACGGCGAAGCGGAAGGCGAUGCUGGCAGAUCGAAACAGAACGGCGGCGUUGCUGCCAAUGGCAGCGGCUCAAUACCAGCAGCCACGGCGUCAUCAGGUAACAAUGGGGGAGCUAGAGCCGUCUUUGAUCGUCUGGCAACGUGA